CUAACUUCAGCCUCGUUGGAGGUCGUCAGAGGCCUUUAGUUUGAUGCAGUUUCAUCAAAAUAACAAGAGGAUCAACAAAUAAAUACAGUACCGGCAGGUGGCGCCAAACAUAUGAACGUGACUGAAGCGCCGUAAACGGAAACAGAAACAGACAAAAGGGUGGGCGAUCGGAAGUGGCGCCAAAUUCAAGACUUGAACUGAAUAAAAACAAACUAGAGCUCUGUCUAGAAUGGACAUAUCAGGAAAUUUCUUCAGAAGACUACGAAAUGUAGCCACCUUCUUGGAGACAGAAACCAAGACUCUUAAAAAAGCUCACGAGAACAGCAGCAGUGAUGAUUACAAAGAAGAGGGAGCUAUGCAAGUUUUACAUGAAUUGCAUUCAGAAGUCCAGGCUAUAAAAGGACAGGUUAAAACACAGGUGAUUAGCAAUCAGUCUGUGGAAAACAAUGCAAGUGAUUUUCUUAGAUCAUGUUGUGUACUAAAACAAAGAAACACAGCAAACCUUGAAAAAAUCAAAGAAUAUUUCCAAAAGUAUGGAUACAAACCACUGGCUGGGAAAACUACAGCAGUGGAGAUAGCUACAAAUAGUAAUGAUGAAGAAUGUAUGGAAGACCAGGAGAACAGUGGGAGUGAGGAAGAGGAGGAGGACAAGGAGAGAACAUCAGAAAGUCUGCCUUGUGCCACACCUGCAGAGAAGCCUCCUGCACCCCAGGACCCAAUGCGCACCCCACGGCUCUCUGACUUUGGCCUCUCGCACUAUCGAUUCCAAAACACUUGGGAAGUAGUAAAGGAGAAGCCGGAACAACCAGCAGUAACACAGGACUCUGUGGGCCAGGGGGACUUGAGGGCCCCAACAUUUACAGAAUCGUUUCCUGUCUUACCCAAAACGCCCAAGUGUAUGUUGGAGUUGGACAAUGAGGCCUUCACUCCUAAAAUGGAAGAUUUUGGGAUCAAUGAAUACACCAUGUGUCUCAAUGAUGACUUUACCAUAGCCCUCAUCAACAAGAACAAACCCACAAAGCCCAAGAGUUUGGUUGGAGUUACUGGAAGCCAAACAAAUACUGGGAUGAAUGAGACCCACAGUAAGCCUACUGAGCCGACUUUUAGACAGCAUUUGGCAGCAAACGAUAUGACGAACUCGCCCGUUCCUCCAGUGUUUUGUACACCUGGAAUAAAAAUUUACAAAAAUAAAUUACCUACUUUGCCAAAAAGCCCUGAAAUCACAGUUCAAAAGGCAAGUGAUUCUACUCCUGAGAUCCCAACCUUUGAGACACCUUAUUUGAAGAAGCUGGUUCAUCAGAGAAAUACAGAAAAUGAAACGAAGACAUUACCUGAAAAAGGAAACCCAGCUGACCGCUUCAGUUUUGAAGAACCUUGCCCACCAGUUUUUAGUUCUAGGAUGUUUGCUACUGAACAAGUCCAACUAGUAACACCUCUGUCACUGGCAGCUUAUGAUCAUAUGCCUGAAGCACCAGAACGGCCAGAAUUAACAGCUAUGACAGAAGGUAUCUUGAAGUCAAAGCAUGAUGAUCUGAUGAUAAAUAAAACUGGAAAAGAGAACAGGUCUCCUCUGGUGCAUCUUGCCAUGGUGUCUGAAAAGGAAUUUUUCACACUGCCGGAUUAUUUAAGACAGAUUCCUCUAUCUGAAAUAAACACAGCCAUUCAGAAGAUUAAUAAAGCACUGGAGAGGAAAUCUAAUGGAAAUAAACUGGACCCUUCCACUUAUCUGAUGGAAGAGAAAGAGUUGUGGAAUAUAAUUGAAGUUGGCCCACAGGCUACAAUCUACCUUUUGUGUAUAACAGAGUUAAACAGAUUGGAACAGGUGACAAGCUCAGGCACUGGAAGCGCGUACAGAAUCAUCCAAUCUGAUUGAACAGAGACGAGCUCAGGCAUUGGGAGCGUGUACAGAGUCAUCCUAUCUGAUUGAACAGAGACAAGCAAAACAAAGUAUUGAAGCUUUCAAACACUCUUAUAAUGCUUUUUAGUCCAACAAUUACUAUUUGUUUGAAAUGGCAAAAUGCAAUUUACUAGCAAUGUAUGUAUUGCUAAUAACUAAUAUGGAUGUCGGUGUUUUUGCAAAGAUAAGAUGCACUCUACUAUAGAUAACACCAACAUUAGUAAUUUCAUUGCAAGUAUGCCAGUUUGUAAGGUAUUACUGAAUAUGCGCACCCACCUGAGACUGGCAUGUUUUUAGUUUGUUUGAGUGUGACAUACUUAUAUUCAUAUUAAAGUGACAGUGUAACAUGUUUAUAUUAAUUACUUUAUUCAACAACUCUACACAUCUAACAAAGUUAAAACUAAUUUACAGUAAAACCUGUCUCUGUGGUCAGUAGCAUUUACAAUACAUGUAAAGGACAAAGGUAAUCUUGAACAAGUAGCCAUCAGUCUUAAGCAGCUACAAAUGUUCAGUCUCAAGUCAAAAUAUAAUUUUUGACUUUAUAAUAAACUUCACCUUAAUAAUGCUGUAUUCCUUUUUGUACUUUUGUAUUCUGUGCAAAAUGCAAACCAGGCCCAGCUGGGCUGUGCUUAAAAAACAGCAGUUUUAUUUUCUGUUUGUAAACAUGUCUGAUACUCAUUUCUGGGUUUGCGUCU